AUGGACGAUACACAGCACGCGACAGCGAAUCCGCCGCUUUCCAUGGAUGACGCUAUGCAAAAUACCGACAAUAACCAUGACGAGAAGCACAACACGCCUAUCCACGACAAGGUUACGCCAAACGAGAACAAUGAUACACAAUCCAAUGGAGAGAAGCCAUCUGCAGUAACGGCAUCAGCCGCAUCUAUGCAGCUCCAAGAUAUGGCCGACAAGGCUUUACACUUCCUCUCGCAUGCAAGCAACGAAACUCUUGGAGCUUGCCUUGUUGGUCUGGCUGCUACUACAUACUUUGUACUAGGGAGAAUUGGUCUGGUCCUGAUUGGUAUUGUCGGUGGUGUAGCACUGCAUGCCACAUGGGAUGCUUCACACUCGUCGCCUGAUAGACUCGAUGCGAACGAGGCUGAGCGGAAGAAGCGGAAAGAGGUUGGUCUCGACGUAGUUCAGCGUCUGCUGCUAUCGAGAGAGAAGACGAGGCAAAAUGCAGACAUGGACGAGUCGGAUGAUGAGAUCAGGCCAUUGGUCUCCACCAGGGCCGCUGACUUCUCUUCCUUCCGUCCUGACACUCAAGCUGCUCUGAACGUCUUUACGGAUGCCAUCAUUCGCGACUAUGUCAAGUAUGCAUUUUUCCUCGUUCUCCGCUGUCCUCAUUCUCUGACUGACGUUGAUGCNAGCUGGUGGUAUGCACCUGUUCUUCCUGGUGAAGACUCGUUCCCUUCAGCCUGUCGACAGGUUUUGGUCGGCUUCAUCGUUUCCCUUUCCAAUCACCUGUCCCGUAAGCGGCCUGUCGAUACCUUCCUCGAUUUUGUCACCAAUUCAUCCUCGAUCGUUAUUGUCUUCCUCAACGAGCUCGCCGCUGCUCUAAACGCCUCGCCCAAUGCUACCCCUGAAGAAGCCGUCCACGCCUACCUCGACAUGAAGCCCGAGAGCAGUCUCGCCAGCAUCAUGGACUCCAAGCACCAAGAGAAGAAGCUAAAAAUUGUCGCAAACGACAUUCUCCUGAAAUACCUCGACAACAAGACAUAUAUGUGUGGCCCCGCCCAGAUCUUUCUCAAACAAGUUUUGGCCAAGCUGGUCUUGUCUAUGACCGUUGACAGCUGCUCCAAGCCGGAAUUCAUCAAUCAAUGGAUUGUUUAUUUGCUUGAAGAGGGAGAGCCCGAGUUGAUGGAGGUCAUUGAUGCUGGCGUCGAGGGUUCUGCUGUUGUCAACUCUCAAGCAGCCAAGAAGCAAGUUUCUGUUGCUGAACAGGGCGAUAAGCCAGUCUCGAGUCCCGAAGCUGUUCGCGAACACAAACGCAAGGCCAGUCGCAACAGAGCUGAAGAGGCCAUGGACGAAGCUAUGAGAGAGGCGCAGAGGCUUAGUCAGCUGAUCGCUGAGGAAGAGGCAAAGAAGUCCACGACCGAACCAUCGACUGUCAGCAGUAGUGGUGAUGUCUCUGAAACCACUACCCAGGGCAUCAUGACUCCUUCGUCAUCUCAAGGAGAUGCUGAUGAGGGUGUCAAGUCUGAUGCGACCAAAUCAUCACCGAGCGCGAGCGCUAGUCCCCCACGGGCAUCUGAAGACUUGAAGAAGCCGUUCACUAGUUUCGACCAAAUCCUUCCUGCCACAAGUCCUACUGCUUUGUCUAGCCAAGAGGACAAGCUCCGCCUUAAGCCCCCACCAGUCUUAACAUUGUUCAAGGCCACGAUCAACAUAUUUGAUGAUGCAUCUCCCGGAAACAGGACAGUCAUGCGAUCAAAGCCCAACAUCGAUUACAUGAUUCAGAUUGAGCCCACCUCUUCCAGUUUCCCAGGCUGGAUGAUUGUGCGCAAGUAUACUGACUUCGAAACUCUGCAUGAAGUCCUUCGUCGUAUCUCGGUUAUCACCGGCACUCGCUUCACUGACUCUCAUGCCGACCUUCCUUCAUGGAAGAACAAUACCAAGUCUACUCUCCGAAUUGAGCUAGAACGCUACCUGAACGAUGCAGUCCGCCUGCAGCCCCUUGCUGAGAGCGAGGGUAUGAAGCGAUUCUUGGAUAAAGAUGGCGGUGCUUCUCGUUCACCUGGCGGUAGCAAGGGCUUCGGAUGGCCAACUCCUGUUGCCUUCGAUCAGAUGGGCAAGAGCAUGAUCGAUACAUUGACCAAAGCCCCUACACAGGUUGCUGGUGGUGGAAAGGCAAUUUUUGGAGGUGUUACGAGCAUUCUUGGUGGCAAGCGCACUUCUGUUGCCUCAAAUCACAACGCUAGCCGCUCAUCAAUCUCACUGAACCCUGGUGCCUUCCUUGAGGACAGCUAUAUGGGCAGCAUGGGUAAUGUCGGUGUCGAAAGGCAGAGCACAGACAGUGUCAGAAGUAUCCCCGCACCUUUGUCUCGCACUCCAUCGCUGUCCAAACGGGUACCAUCAGUUACUCAACCAGGCCACAAACUCGAGCAGUCGGUCGACUUGAAGACCAGACCCAGCUUCUCGACUCCUCGCACUUCAUACCAAGGUACAAGAAGUGGAGAGCUCAGCCGUCCUGCAUCAUCAGCAGGUCUGUCGAAGCUUGACACAAAACUCAAUCUCCCACCUCCACCAUCGGACAUCCCUGAUGACUAUGCUUCACCGACAGCAGUAUCUCACCAACCUGCUAGAAUCAGUGACGAUAUGACUUACAGUUCUCCUGACACACGAUCGUCAACAUCCAGAUAUCCUACUUCUGGUACCAGGUCACGACGCACAUCCAGGUCUCCAGAGUCGCUGACUGCACGAACGACGCCUGCAGUCACUCCAGCUGCCACGAAGGUUACGAAAGCCACUCCACCCAUCUCAGAACAAGAAACACAAGUAGCCGUGGAACUGCUCUUCGCAGUGAUAACCGAACUCUACACUUUGUCUUCUGCAUGGAACAUUCGCCGCACUCUACUCAACGCCGCAAAAUCCUUCCUUCUCCGGCCCGGUAAUCCUCAGCUCGAAGCCAUCCGCCAAAUGAUUCAAGCCAACGUCAUCGACACUUCUACCUCUGAUGCCUCCAUCGCCGCCCACAUCCUCAAGAUCCGAGAGAACUCCUUGCCUACGGAAGAAGAGUUGAAAGCUUGGCCAAAAGAAAUGACAGCAGAAGAGAAAGGGCAGUUGAGAAUCAAAGCCAGAGGAUUGCUUGUCGAGAGAGGCAUGCCUGCUGCAUUAACUAGCGUCAUGGGAGCUGCUGCUAGCGGAGAGGCAUUAGGCAGAGUGUUCGAUUGUCUGCAGGUAGAAGGUGUGGGAAGAGGUGUCGUGUUUGGUGUGCUUCUGCAGGCCUUGAGGGCUAUCGUGCAGUGA